AUGGUCGCCAGAUUCCUCGCCCAGGCCUUGCUGCCAGCCCUUGCUGUUGCCGGUACAAUUCAGCGUCGCGACAAUGGCACGUUUGACUACGAUGCCCUCUCUCUGCGGACGGUCGGUGGACGCAACACACUCGAUUGGCGCGUGUGGCUUGAGAAAGACGGCCAUCCCAUCUCGUUCUGGCACGACGUCCCCUUGUACCCGGACGAGGACAAUAAGCAGGUCGUCAACUUUGUCGUCGAGAUUCCGCGCUGGGAGGACGCCAAGAUUGAGAUUCGCCGCCAGGAACCCCUGAACCCCAUCUUCCACGACGAGCGCAACGGCGCGCCGCGCUUCGUUGAGAGUGUGUGGCCGCACAAGACGUAUCCGUUUCUUUACGGAUCCAUCCCCCAGACGUGGGAGUCGCCAAAUUUUGAGCAUGAUUUCACGGGCGAGAAGGGUGAUAAUGACCCCAUUGAUCUAUUCGACAUUGGCCUCGACAUCGGUUAUGUCGGACAAGUCAAGCAGGUGAAGCUGCUCGGUGGGCUUGCGCCCAACGACGGGGGUGAGACGGACUGGAAGAUGCUCGCCAUUGACGUCAAUGACCCCAUUGCGCCCCUCGUCGACAACUACCUCGACGUCGAGAAAUACCGCCCAGGCACCAUCCAGGCCUUCCGCGACUGGUUCACCUACUACAAAGUCGCCCGCGGCGGCGACGUUAUCCCCAUCAUCGGCGAGACGUACCAGAACGCCACGUUCGCGACGGCUGUCGUCGAAAAGGGCCACGAGUACUGGCGCGACCUUAUCUCGGGCGCCGUUGACUCGAACAGCAUCAACUACAACCAGACGAGCCGGCCUGAUAUUAAGGGGAGCUACGUCGGUUCGUGCUCGGCAACGCUGCAGCUGGGCAUCCCUUCCAAAUCGGAGGAGAAGCCAGCAGCGGCGAAGCCUACGCAGUAUGAGCACUGGUAUUACCUCGAUGAGGAUUUCGCGUUGAUUGAGGUGCCUGUGUAG